UUUCACCCCAACAGUACUGUUUCAUUUCCUUUCUUUUGCGUUCAGAUUCAGAACUUCAUGAAGAACACCAGGACAGUCCAAUGUUGGAGCACCCACUAACAGGCAAUAUGAUAAAUGAAUGCAACAAGGAUUCAAAGAAACUGAAAGCUACAGAGGAGGGCAUCAAAGAACCAAUUCUGCCAACAGGAAAAGAUGCCAAACAAACCAGUUCAGGUAAAUAUGAUACUGGUGAUUCCAUGAUAAGGUGCAGUACAGAUCUUACAAAAGUGAAUGGUGAAAGGAAUGGUUCUCGGAGUAGUUUAAGUGGUGAUGUUGACAGUAGCAAUGCCUUUGAAAAUGUGCUAACAGAAAGAACAUCUUCAAAGGCCAACAUGAUCGCCAAGUCUAAGAAAAAGGCUAAACCCUUGACACACGCUAUUCCUCAUAUUUCUCCUGACUACAACAAGAUAAGUUUUGUAUCGGAGAAUAGCCUCAAGAUACGGAUCAAAAAACGAGAUCGGCAGUAUCAAUGCAGCAUUUGUAAUAGGUUUUUCAAAAGCUCUGUUCUCAAUGCUCAUAUGAGGACACAUUCGAAUAAAAAGCGCCACCAAUGUCCUCAGUGUGGCAGGCGGUUCGGCGUCAAGAACACACUCAUUGUCCAUAUGAGGACACACAGCGGGGAAAAGCCCUACGAGUGUUCUGUGUGUGGUAGGCGGUUUUCUCAGAGUGGGGCCCUGACCACACACUUGAAGACGCACUCGGAUGAAAAAGCUUACCAGUGUGUAGAGUGCGGGAGACGGUUCACUCUAAGGUACACACUCGUUAUCCACAUGAGAACACAUUCCGGGGAAAAACCUUACGAGUGCCCCGUGUGUCAGAAGAGGUUUUCUCAAUGCUCUGGCCUGGCUACACAUAAGAAGACACAUGUUAGGAAGGAGAAACCUUACCAAUGCCCACUCUGUCUCAAGAGGAUGUCCAACAAGGAAUCUCUUGAUUUCCAUUUUGCAAAUGAACAUACAUUGGAAAACCCGUAAGAUUGCAAAAGCUCACAAAGACGUACCAAGUUUAAUUCUUAUGACAGUUGUUUGUAUAGUGCAUGAAUUGCAUUGGAGAACCCAUAAACUUCAUAAGUAUUAAACCAAGUGUAAUACUUUGAUUUGUAUACCACAUGAAUUGCAUCCAUACAAUAAAAAAACAAAUAUUAGAUGGGAAACAAGAGUUUAGCAAUCAAAUUAAACCAAAUCGAUUACCCAAGUUUUAUACCCAAUAAUACUCAUUAUAAGUAUCAAAUAUCACAAGACUAUUCUAAAUUCAUCUAAAGUUAUUAGACA